AUGUGUGAAAUGAUUGCCCGAUAUGGUAAAGGAUAUAAGCCACCAUCUUAUCGUGACAUUCGAGGUAAACAUUUAAAGACAAAAUUUGAGUCAAUAAAUAGCAUAUUGGUGGAGCAUAAAGUUGCUUGGAAAAAAUUUGGAUGUACAAUAAUAAAUGAUGGAUGGACUGAUCAAAAGAGGAUAACUAUCAUAAACUUUUUAGUCAAUAGUUCUAUGGGAACUUUCUUUUUAAAAUCAAAUGAUGCAUCUGGCAUUUCAAAGACAUCUGAUAAAGUUUUCAAAAUGCUGGAUGACAUCGUUAAGGAAGAGGGGGUAGAAAAUGUUGUUCAAAUUAUAACAGACAAUGCUGCAAACUACAAGUUGGCUGGACAAAUGUUGAUGGAAAAGAGGAAUAUGCUUUAUUGGACACCUUAUGUAGCUCAUUUUAUUGAUAUAAUGUUAGAGGAUUUUGAGAGCAAGAUACCUAUGCAUAAGGAGAUUAUUGCUUCGGGUAAAAAGAUCACAACUUACAUUUAUGCUAGGACGGGUCUUAUAACUUUGUUGCAUCAUUAUACUGCAGGAGUCUCACGUAUGGUGGAUUCUGAUGAGAAGCCAACCAUGGGCUAUAUCUAUGAAGCAAUGGAUCAAGCAAAAGAGCAAAUUCAAACUAGCUACAAUAUUAAGAAAAAAAAUAUUAUAGAUAACAUAUGGGACAAACAGUUGCAUAGGCCUUUGCAUGCUGCGGGUUACUAUCUUAAUCCAAUGUUGCAUUACAAACCUAAUUUCAAAGCAGAUAAUGAAGUUAAACAAGUGAUGUAUGCAUGUUUAGAAAGGAUGAUGGGAGGAGACAUGGGUAUGGUGAAUAAAAUUGAUGGUCAGCUUGAGAAUUUUAAGAGUAGAAAAUGGUUCUUUGGGAGUGAAAUAGAUCAACGUGGACUAGAAAACAAGACACCAACUCAAUGGUGGGAAUCUUACGGUGAUACACACCCAGAGUUGCAAAACUUUGCUAUUCGUGUGUUAAGUUUGACCUGCAGUUCUUCUGGAUGUUCAUACGAAGAAAAGAAACAGGUUGAAACAAAAGACUAUGAACGAUCUUGUGAAGAAAAUGCAGGUGGUAAUCAUGUAAAUGUGGCUGAUUUAGAUGAAGAUUUGAUGCAAAGUACUGGUGUUAAAUCAACUGCACAUGUAGAUGAAUUUGAUGUCCUUGAAAUUAUAGAAAGUGACAAUGAAGAAGAAAAUGCAGACGAAGGUGAUGAAGAUGAUAAUGAUGAUAAUGAUCAUGGUGGAGGAGAUGAUGAGAUUAGUGAAGAUGAAGGAGAUGACAUCAUGGGAGAUAAUCCAAAUUAUCGGCGUAUUUGUGAUUUGUACUAG